UUUGCAGGGAGGAAGGUGGCGAGGCAUCAGGGAGAUUCAGAGUUGGUUGGUUGCUCUCCUACUCCGGGUCCGGGCCACGACCCGCCGCCGCGCCGCCACCAUGGCCUACCGCCGGAAGCAGGGCCCCAUCGCCGCCGAUGAUCGCCGGAGCUCCUACCCCCAGCCGCCGCAGGGCUCUUCUUCAUCGUACAGUUACACAUCAAUCAAAAGUAUGAACGAGCCCAAGCUUGGGCUAUGGGAAACUUUGGCAAGAAAAGCCAAGGGAAUUCUUGAUGAGGAUGGCACAGCACAUAAGUCUGACGAGUACACAAAACAAAAGACCCCUCGCAAGUUUGAUUCAUCCACUGGAGCUCAGGAAUCUCGAUCUCGCUGGUCAUUUGAAAACCACAGCAGGACAGGAGAUACUGGAUCCCGGACAAGGUCGGAAGCUCUUGCUGCUUCUGUCAACCAACUUGGUGGAAGAAUCAGAGAUGCGUUGGAAGAAGGACUCACAAUUGUGGACAAUAAGACAUCCAAUAUCAUUGAGGAGACAAAGAAGAUACAAAUUAGAAGGAAGCAAGCCAAUUCGAAUUCUUAUAUGCCGAACCCAGCAUUUGAUACAUUAAGACCUCCUAAUCUUUCACAUGAUCAAGCUGAAACUGCAGCCCAGGAAACCCAAUUAAAAGCUUCUCGCGAUGUUGCUAAUGCAAUGGCUGCUAAAGCAAAACUUGUGCUCCGUGAACUAAAAACAGUAAAAGCUGAUCUAGCUUUUGCGAAGCAGCGAUGUGCUCAGCUAGAAGAGGAGAACAAGUUCUUGCGAGAAGCAAAGCAGAAAGGGAGCAAAACUGAAGAGGAUGAUGACCUGAUUCGUGUGCAACUGGAGACCUUAUUGGCCGAGAAAUCAAGACUGGCGCAGGAAAAUUCCAUGUACGCACGCGAAAAUCGUUUCUUGCGUGAGAUAGUAGAUUUUCAUCAAUUCACCACCCACGAUGUUGCCCCCUUGGAUGAUGACAUGGAAGACAGUAUACCAGGAGAAGAUAGCAAUCACACUUACUCGGAAGAUAUGUUUCCGGUAGUUGAAGCAUAUUUAGACCGUGAAGAACUAUCUCCUGUCCCCUCAAGGCCUGAAUCUCCAAUCCUCAGCUCAUGUGAGUCAUCAUCCCCCAAAUCCAGCAAUUCUAAAAGCAGUGCUGCCAAUUUACCAAGCUAUGUCUCAAAGCCAAAUGCAUUGGUACCUGACACAGAUUGACGAAUGUUAUUCGUU